CGAGAGAUAUAAAUAGACGGUCACAUGACUCCCUUGUGAUCGAUUUGCACAUUUCCCCUUGUUCAGCUAAGGAGUAGACGGUUUUCUGUUUUCAAGAUGUUGCGCUUUGCUGUCGUAGCAGCUCUGGUUGCUGUUAGUGUUGCUCGUCUGCCAGUAGCCGAGUUGGACACAGAAUGGCAACUGUUCUUGAGGGAGCAUGGCAAACAGUAUGGAUCGGAAGAGGAAGCUAGGAGGCGUGUGAUCUGGGAAAGCAACCUCGACUUCAUCCAGAAACACAAUUUGGCGGCUGAUCGGGGAGAAUACACCUUCUGGCUUGGAAUGAACGAAUAUGGAGACAUGACCAACGAAGAAUUUAGGAAGACAAUGAACGGAUACAGAAUGAGAAAUGGCACAAGUGGAGCUUCCCUCUACCUCCCUCCAUCUAAUAUUGGGGAUCUCCCUGACAGCGUGGACUGGAGACCAAAGGGUUACGUAACCCCAAUCAAGAACCAGGGUCAGUGUGGUUCAUGCUGGUCAUUCUCGGCUACAGGGUCACUUGAAGGUCAGACCUUCAAGAAAACUGGCAAACUGCCAUCUCUGUCCGAACAAAACUUGGUUGACUGCUCAACGAAGGAAGGAAACCAUGGCUGUCAAGGAGGUUUGAUGGAUGACGCUUUCAAGUACAUUAAGGACAACAAAGGUAUCGACACCGAGGCUUCCUACCCAUACGAGGCAAAGAACGGAAAAUGCCGAUUCAACGCCGCUAACGUUGGUGCCACAGACACCGGAUUUACUGACAUCAAGAGCAAGAGUGAAUCAGAUCUUCAAAGCGCCGUUGCUACGGUUGGACCUAUUUCCGUUGCUAUUGACGCCAGUCACAUGAGCUUCCAGCUGUACAAGAGCGGAGUCUACCACGAGUGGUUCUGUAGCGAAUCACGAUUGGAUCACGGUGUAUUGGCUGUUGGAUAUGGCACAGAAAGCGGCAAAGAUUAUUGGCUUGUCAAGAACAGCUGGGGUGAGAGCUGGGGACAGAAAGGAUACAUUAUGAUGUCCAGAAACCGACACAACAACUGUGGAAUCGCCACCUCUGCCAGCUACCCAACUGUUUAAACAUAGUGAUAAAUGGAAUUAUCUUCUAACUAAAGAACACUUUUUUUUAUUUUUUUAACACGAUAUUACUUAUGUAAUAAAAUUUCUUUAAAA